UGGUCCUGGUGGGAAAACUUUGGCGUUAGGCUCCGCUCUCUCCCUUGUUUCUUUGAUCGCCAAAUCGAUUUCCGAAUCAAAACCCUAGCUACACAUAAAUUCACAUUGAGGAACUCCGUCUUUCCGACCGCCGACUCGUGGUUUCAGCCAUUUGUUCACCCAAUUCGGCGUUUUCGCCGUUAAACGCUCGAACCCCUAACCCUCUGGAGUUGAAGCUUGGGGUUUCUGCGUCUGCUUGUGGGGGUUAGGGUUUAAGUUUUGGUAAAUUUAGCAACCAUGAGCCCCGUUCAGAACUUCGAGCAGCACGCUCGACAUUUAGUCGAACCUGACUUGCCAAUUCAAACGCGGCUGCAAAUGGCCAUGGAGGUACGGGACAGCUUGGAGAUAUGCCACACAGGGGAGUAUUUAAACUUCUUGAAAUGCUAUUUCCAUGCCUUCUCCCAAAUUUUAAAUCAUAUUACCAAGCCCCAGUUUACGGAGAAUCAUGAGCACAAGCUGCGAAAUAUUAUAAUUGAAAUCCUUAAUCGCUUGCCCCACAGCGAGGUUCUGAGACCAUUUGUUCAGGAGCUUCUAAGAGUAGCCAUGAAUGUGCUCACGAAAGACAAUGAGGAAAAUGGGUUGAUUUGCAUUAGGAUUGUUUUCGAUUUGCUUAGAAACUUUAGACCUAGUUUAGAGACUGAAGUUCAGCCAUUUCUGGAUUUUGUCAGUAAAAUUUACCAGAAUUUUAGGUCUACUGUAAGUUACAUCUUUGAAAGUGGGGCUAUGGCGGCACCACCACCUGCACCACCCACAACCUCUGGGUCUAUGGGGUCAUCAUUAAGUGGUGAUGAUGUCAAGUCUAUUGAAGUUUCUGACCAAGUGGGUACUUCUAGUGCGUUUGUUGGGGUUGCUGGGCAGCUAAAUCCAAGUACACGGUCAUUUAAGGUUGUUACAGAGAGUCCCCUUGUUGUUAUGUUCCUGUUUCAGUUGUAUGGUCGCCUUGUUCAAACAAACAUACCGCACCUACUGCCAUUGAUGGUGACUGCUAUCUCAGUCCCUGGCCCAGAGAAGGUACCACCCCAUUUGAAGACUAAUUUCAUAGAGAUGAAAGGUGCGCAGGUUAAGACUGUUUCAUUCUUAACGUACCUGCUGAAGAGCUUUGCUGACUAUAUCAAGCCGCAUGAAGAAAGCAUGUGCAAAAGCAUUGUGAAUCUGCUAGUCACCUGCUCUGACUCUGUUUCAAUUCGGAAGGAACUAUUGGUUGCUCUGAAACAUGUUCUUGGGACUGAUUUCAAAAGGGGUUUAUUUCCUCUCAUUGAUACGCUUUUGGAUGAGAGGGUUCUUGUUGGCACUGGCCGAGCUUGCUUUGAAACAUUGCGGCCUUUAGCCUAUAGUCUUUUGGCUGAAAUUGUUCAUCAUGUAAGGGGAGAUCUUUCUCUGUCUCAGUUAUCAAGGAUUAUUUACCUGUUCUCAAGCAAUAUGCACGACGCUUCAUUGGCCGUGAGCAUACAUACUACCUGUGCUCGCUUGAUGUUGAACCUGGUGGAGCCAAUAUUUGAGAAAGGUACUGAUCAGACAUUAAUGGAUGAAGCACGAGUUUUAUUGGGUCGGAUAUUAGAUUCUUUCGUUGGAAAAUUCAAUACUUUCAAGCGCACAAUUCCUCAGCUACUGGAAGAGGGAGAUGAGGGGAAAAACAGGUCUACAUUGAGGUCUAAACUUGAAGUGCCAGUUCAGGCAGUACUUAAUCUUCCAAUGCCUGUUGAGCAUUCAAAGGAAGUCAAUGAUUGUAAGCAUCUGAUAAAGACUUUAGUUAUGGGAAUGAAAACAAUUAUCUGGAGCAUAACCCAUGCACAUAUACCAAGAGCGCAGGUUUCACCAUCCACACAGGGGACCCCUCAGCAAGUGCUUGCAUCAACAUCAUCAGGUUCUUCAAUAUCACCAUCUUUUAAAGGGAUGAGAGAAGAAGAGGUUUGCAAAGCCUCUGGUGUUCUGAAAAGUGGUGUACAUUGCUUGGCGUUAUUUAAGGAGAAAGAUGAUGAGAGAGAAAUGGUCCAUCUGUUUUCCAGCAUUUUGGCCAUCAUGGAACCACGGGACUUGAUGGAUAUGUUCUCUUUGUGCAUGCCUGAGCUUUUUGAGUGCAUGAUUUCUAACAAUCAGCUCGUCAAUAUCUUUUCUACCCUUUUGCAAGCCCCAAAAGUAUUUCGCCCUUUUGCAGAUGUUUUAGUUAAUUUUCUUGUGAACAGCAAACUGGAUGUCCUUAAGCAUCCCGAGUCUCCAGCUGCAAAGCUUGUUUUGCAUCUUUUCCGAUUUUUAUUCAGUGCAGUGGCGAAGACUCCCUCUGACUGUGAACGGAUUCUUCAGUUUCAUGUGUCUGUGAUCAUGGAAACUUGCAUGAAAAAUGCUGCUGAGGUUGAGAGACCAAUGGCUUAUUUGCAACUUCUUCGCACAAUGUUCCGUGCACUUGCUGGAGGUAAAUUUGAACAUCUUCUUCGGGACUUAAUCCCCAUGUUGCAACCAUGCUUAAACAUGUUACUGGCUAUGCUUGACGGCCCUACUGGCGAAGAUAUGAGGGAGCUUCUGUUAGAGCUCUGUUUGACAUUGCCUGCACGGUUAAGUGCAUUGUUACCUCACCUGCCUCGUUUGAUGAAGCCACUUGUCAUGUGUCUCAAGGGAAGUGAUGAACUGAUUAAUCUUGGUUUAAGAACACUUGAGUUUUGGAUUGACAGUUUGAACCCCGACUUUCUGGAACCAAGCAUGGCAAAUGUCAUGUCUGAGGUGAUUUUGGCCUUAUGGUCUCAUCUGAAGCCUGCACCAUAUCCUUGGGGUGGUAAAUCAUUACAACUUCUUGGGAAGUUAGGUGGUCGUAACCGACGUUUCCUCAAAGAACCUCUUGCUCUUGAAUGCAAGGACAAUCCAGAGCAUGGCCUUCGGUUGAUUCUUACAUUUGAACCUUCUACCCCAUUUUUGGUGCCAUUGGACCGCUGUAUUAAUCUUGCUGUAGCUGCUGUCAUACAAAAGAAUGGAUUUGUUGAUAGAUUCUAUCGGAAGCAAGCUCUUAAGUUCCUUUGUGUAUGCUUGUUUUCCCAGCUAAAUUUGCCUGGUCUUGUUAAUGAUGAUGGAUUAACAUCUAGACAUCUGUCAGCUUGUCUAGGUUCCUCAGUCGAUCCAUCCUGGAGAAGAUCUGAUGCAUCUGAUAUUAAGGCUGACUUAGGUGUCAAGACAAAAACCCAGCUUAUGGCUGAGAAAUCUGUGUUCAAAAUUCUUUUGAUGACAGUAAUUGCUGCAAGUGCAGAACCGGAGUUGCAAGAGGCUAAGGAUGAAUAUGUUGGUCACAUAUGCCGCCAUUUUGCUAUGAUAUUUCAUACUGAGGGUCCAGCUGUGCAAACUUCAAUGACUACCACAUCAUUGGGUGGCUCCAUGCUUGCUUCCAGUUCUAAUAUGGGUUCCAAAUUAAGGCAUACUAAUUCUUUGAAAGAGUUGGAUCCACUGAUCUUUUUGGAUGCUUUGGUUGAAUUACUUGCAGAUGAAAAUAGACAGCAUGCCAAAGCUGCAUUGAAUGCCUUGAACGUGUUUGCUGAGACACUUCUGUUCCUUGCUAACUCUAAACAUUCUGACAUGCUGAUGUCUAGAGGAGGUCCAAGCACUCCUAUGAUUGUCUCUAGCCCUUCAAUGAGUCCUGUAUACUCACCUCCUCCAAGUGUUAGGGUUCCUUGUUUUGAGCAACUUUUGCCUCGACUUUUGCAUUCUUGUUAUGGAAGUACUUGGCAGGCACAAAUGGGAGGAGUUAUGGGGUUUGGGGCUUUGAUCGGAAAGGUUACUGUAGAAGUGUUAUGUCUCUUUCAAGUAAGAAUAGUCCGGGGAUUAGUGUAUGUCCUCAAAAGGCUCCCUACAUAUGCUGCUAAAGAACAGGAAGAGACAAGUCAGGUUCUUACUCAAGUUUUACGGGUAGUGAAUAAUGUUGAUGAAGCCAACAGUGAAGCACGUAAACAAAGUUUCCAAGGCGUUGUUGAGUAUUUGGCUUCUGAAUUGCUUAAUGCAAAUUCUUCUAUUAGUGUGAGAAAAAUUGUGCAGUCUUCUUUGGCACUUCUAGCUAGUAGGACAGGGAGUGAGGUUUCUGAGUUACUUGAACCUUUACAUCAGCCUUUGCUGCAGCCUCUUAUAUUAAGGCCACUGCGGUCUAAAACUGUUGAUCAACAGGUUGGCACUGUAACAGCUCUUAAUUUCUGUCUUGCUUUGAGGCCACCACUGCUGAAAUUAACUCCAGAGCUUAUCAACUUUUUGCAAGAAGCUUUGCAAAUUGCAGAGGCUGAUGAAACAGUGUGGGUUGUGAAAUUUAUGAAUCCAAAAAUGGCUACAUCUCUGAAUAAACUUCGAACUGCUUGCAUUGAACUCUUGUGCACUACCAUGGCUUGGGCUGAUUUCAAAACUCAGAAUUACUCAGACUUGCGAGCUAAAAUAAUAUCCAUGUUCUUCAAGUCUUUGACAAGCAGAAGUCCUGAAAUUGUAGCUGUGGCCAAGGAAGGGCUACGCCAGGUUAUUCAACAGCAAAAGAUGCCUAAGGAACUUCUGCAGAGUAGCUUGAGGCCUAUAUUAGUUAAUUUGGCGCAUACCAAAAAUCUGAGCAUGCCUCUGUUGCAAGGCCUUGCCCGACUGCUUGAACUUCUAUCUAACUGGUUCAAUGUUACCUUAGGUGGUAAAUUAUUGGAGCAUCUGAAGAAAUGGUUGGAACCUGACAAACUUGCCCAGUGCCAGAAAGCUUGGAAGCCUGGUGAAGAACCAAAAAUAGCUGCUGCUAUCAUUGAGCUCUUCCACCUUCUUCCCUCUGCGGCUGGAAAAUUUCUCGAUGAACUUGUAACUUUAACAAUUGAUUUGGAAGCUGCCCUUCCACCUGGCCAAUUUUAUAGUGAGAUCAAUAGUCCAUAUCGCUUACCACUUACUAAGUUUCUCAAUCGUUAUCCUACAACAGCUGUGGAUUAUUUUCUUGCUCGAUUAAGCCAACCCAAGUAUUUUAGGAGAUUUAUGUAUAUUAUAAGAUCUGAUGCUGGCCAACCGCUGAGAGAAGAACUUGCAAAAUCACCUCAAAAGAUAAUAGCUAAUGCCUUUCCUGAGUUUUUGCAAACGCCUGAGCCUGCUCAGGGAUCUGCCAAUCCUUCUAGUUCUUUACCAGGUGAUGGAAGUCAGGUUACACCAAAAUCUGAAGAUUCUGUUCAGUUGGCAGCCACCACCUCUGCAACAUCAGAUGCUUAUUUUCAAGGUCUUGCUCUAGUUAAAACGCUUGUUAAACUGAUUCCUGGUUGGUUGCAAAGUAACCGUGCUGUCUUCGAUUCUUUGGUUCUGUUGUGGAAGUCUCCGGCUAGAAUAGCCCGGUUACAAAAUGAGCAGGAACUAAGCUUAAUGCAAGUAAAAGAAAGCAAGUGGCUUGUCAAAUGUUUUCUGAAUUACUUACGCCAUGACCGAAAGGAAGUCAAUGUAUUGUUUGAUAUUCUUGUCCUCUUCCUUCACCGUACUCGCAUAGACUUCACUUUCUUAAAGGAGUUCUAUCUUAUUGAGGUUGCUGAAGGCUAUCCACCUGAAUUGAAGAAAACUCUGCUCCUUCAUUUUCUGGAACUUUUUCAGCUAAAGCAAUUGAGUCAUGAUCAUAUGGUAAUUGUCAUGCAAAUGCUAAUCCUUCCGAUGUUAGCUCAUGCUUUUCAAAGCAACCAAACCUGGGAAGUCAUUGAUACUGCUAUUAUCAAGACUAUUGUGGACAAGCUACUUGAUCCCCCGGAAGAGAUAUCUGCGGAUUACGAUGAGCCCCUGAGGAUUGAGCUUCUGCAGCUUGCUACUCUACUUCUAAAGUAUCUGCAGAAUGAUCUUGUUCAUCAUCGGAAGGAGCUUAUCAAAUUUGGUUGGAAUCAUCUCAAGCGUGAAGAUAGUGCCAGUAAGCAGUGGGCCUUUGUCAAUGUUUGCCAUUUCUUGGAAGCAUAUCAAGCUCCAGAGAAAAUUAUAUUGCAGGUGUUUGUUGCACUUCUAAGGACUUGCCAACCAGAGAACAAAAUGUUGGUCAAACAAGCCCUUGACAUUCUCAUGCCGGCCCUUCCAAGAAGAUUGCCACUUGGUGAUUCACGUAUGCCUAUAUGGAUACGUUACACUAAGAAAAUUUUAGUUGAGGAGGGUCACUCAAUUCCCAAUCUUAUACACAUAUUUCAACUCAUUGUUCGCCACUCAGAUCUUUUCUACAGUUGUAGAGCACAAUUUGUACCUCAGAUGGUGAACUCUCUCAGUCGCCUAGGGUUACCAUAUAAUACUACUGGAGAAAAUAGGCGCCUUGCUAUUGAACUUGCUGGAUUAGUUGUCAAUUGGGAAAAGCAAAGACAAAAUGACCUGAAGAAAGGGCCUAAUAAUGACAGUACCAGUCAGGGUACUGAUGCAAUGAAUCUUUCUUCUGCCGGAGGGGAUCCUAAGCUUUCUGUUGAUGGAUCUACAUUUCCCGAAGAUUCAACUAAGAGAAUAAAGGUUGAACCUGGUCUACAAUCUUUAAGCGUCAUGUCACCUGGUGGUACAUCCAUGCCCAGCAUUGAAACACCUGGAUCUGCUGGCCAGCCUGAUGAAGAGUUUAAGCCCAAUGCCGCAAUGGAAGAGAUGAUAAUUAAUUUUCUAAUCAGAGUUGCCCUAGUUAUAGAACCUAAAGAUAAGGAGGCAAGUCUUAUGUACAAGCAGGCACUGGAGCUUCUAUCACAGGCUCUCGAAGUGUGGCCCAAUGCUAAUGUCAAAUUUAAUUAUUUGGAGAAGCUGUUAAGUAGUUCUCCAUCAUCCCAAUCAAAAGACCCAUCUACUGCCCUGUCUCAAGGUCUAGAUGUGAUGAACAAGGUUCUUGAAAAGCAACCACAUCUGUUUGUGAGGAAUAAUAUCAACCAGAUUUCCCAAAUUCUGGAACCAUGUUUUAAGUUCAAAAUGCUUGAUGCCGGAAAUUCUCUGUGUGCCCUGUUGAAGAUGGUUUCUGCUGCAUUCCCCCCGGAAGCAGUUAGCACACCAUCUGAAGUGAAGAUGCUGUAUCAGAAAGUGGAGGAACUUGUCCAAAAGCACCUUGCUGUGGUUGCUGCCCCUCAGACCUCUGGAGAGGAUAAUUCUGCAAGCAUGAUUAGCUUUGUGCUUUAUGUUAUAAAAUCUUUGGCGGAGGUACAUAAAAACCUUAUUGAUCCUUUCAAUUUGGUCCGCGUCCUUCAGCGCCUUGCACGGGAUAUGGGAGGUGGCUCUUACACAAGACAAGGGCAAAGAUCAGAUCCUGAUUCGGCUGUCACUUCCUCUCGGCAAGGUGCUGAUGUUGGAGUUGUCAUUUCAAACUUAAAAUCUGUACUGAAACUUAUCAGCGAAAGAGUUAUGAUGGUUCCAGACUGCAAAAGAUCCGUGACUCAAAUUUUAAACUCCUUACUGUCAGAGAAAGGCACUGAUCCUUCCGUGCUUCUCUGCAUUCUAGAUUUAGUGAAGGGUUGGGUUGAAGAUGAUUUUGGUAAACCUGGAACACCUGUUGCUUCAAGUACUUUUAUUACUCCUAAGGAAGUUGUCUCUAUGCUUCAGAAGCUUUCACAAGUCGAUAAACAGAACUUUUCUCCUAGCACCGCGGAAGAAUGGGACCAGAAGUAUCUUGAACUGCUUUAUGGACUAUGUGCUGAUUUAAAUAAAUAUCCACUUUCUCUACGUCAAGAAGUGUUCCUGAAGGUAGAGAGGCAGUUUUUACUUGGUUUACGGGCUAAAGAUCCUGAAGUGAGGAUGAAAUUUUUUUCCCUGUAUCACGACUCCCUGGGGAAAACAUUGUUCACAAGGCUGCAGUACAUUAUUCAAGUUCAAGAUUGGGAGGCCUUGAGUGAUGUAUUCUGGCUUAAACAAGGGCUUGAUCUCCUGUUGGCUAUAUUAGUUGAGGACAAACCUAUCACACUGGCACCAAACUCUGCUAAAAUCCCACCUAUUUUGACAUCAGGUGCAGUUUUUGAUUCUACUGGUGUGCAACCUAUGGCUAGUGAUAUUCCAGAAGGCUCAGAGGAAUCUCCUUUAACACUUGAUAGCCUUGUCUCGAAGCAUACCCAGUUUCUCAAUGAAAUGAGUAAACUCAAGGUUGCAGAUCUUGUUAUCCCACUGAGGGAGCUAGCGCAUACGGAUGCAAAUGUUGCGUAUCAUUUAUGGGUUUUGGUGUUUCCCAUUGUUUGGGUGACCUUACAUAAGGAAGAGCAGGUGUUACUUGCCAAGCCAAUGAUAGCACUGUUAUCGAAAGACUAUCACAAGAAGCAGCAAGCACAAAGACCAAAUGUUGUUCAGGCUCUUCUAGAAGGACUUCAGUUAAGCCACCCACAGCCCCGGAUGCCCAGUGAACUCAUCAAAUACAUAGGAAAGACUUAUAAUGCAUGGCACAUUGCACUAGGAUUGCUUGAAAGUCAUGUAAUGUUGUUUUUGAAUGACACAAAGUGUUCAGAGUCUUUAGCAGAGCUUUACCGUUUACUCAAUGAAGAAGACAUGAGGUGUGGUUUGUGGAUGAAGCGAUCUGUCACUGCAGAAACAAGAGCUGGUUUGUCACUUGUUCAACAUGGGUAUUGGCAAAGGGCACAGAGCCUUUUCUACCAGGCCAUGGUUAAAGCAACACAAGGCACUUACAAUAAUACGGUACCAAAAGCUGAGAUGUGCCUCUGGGAAGAGCAGUGGCUCCAUUGUGCCACCCAGCUUAGUCAGUGGGAUGCACUUGCUGACUUUGGUAAACUUGUAAAUAAUUAUGAAAUCCUGCUUGAUAGUCUCUGGAAACAGCCAGAUUGGACAUGUUUAAAAGAUCAAGUUAUUUCAAAGGCUCAACUAGAAGAAACCCCAAAAUUUCGUAUCAUUCAGGCAUAUUUUGCACUUCAUGAAAAGAAUACCAAUGGGGUGCCAGAUGCUGAAAACAUAGUUGGAAAAGGCGUUGAGCUUGCUUUGGAGCAAUGGUGGCAAUUGCCUGAAAUGUCAAUUCAUGCCAGAAUACUUCUUCUACAGCAGUUUCAGCAACUAGUUGAAGUCCAAGAAUCAGCUAGACUUAUAGUGGAUAUUGCAAAUGGGAGCAAACUUGCUGGCAAUUCUGUUGUCAAUGUUCAUACUGGCGUAUAUGCAGACCUAAAAGAUAUCCUUGAGACAUGGAGAUUGAGGACACCAAAUGAAUGGGACAAUAUGUCAGUUUGGUAUGAUUUGCUUCAGUGGAGGAAUGAAAUGUACAAUGCUGUUAUUGAUGCAUUUAAAGAUUUUGGGAAUACAAAUUCACAAUUGCAUCAUCUUGGCUUCCGUGAUAAGGCAUGGAACGUGAAUAAGCUUGCCCAUAUUGCUCGCAAGCAUGGGCUACACGAUGUUUGUGUUUCUAUAUUAGAAAAGAUGUAUGGUCACUCCACGAUGGAAGUCCAGGAGGCUUUUGUGAAAAUAAGAGAACAAGCCAAGGCAUACUUGGAUAUGAAGGGAGAGCUUACCAGUGGGCUUAAUUUAAUUAAUGGCACGAACCUGGAGUAUUUUCCAGUUAAACACAAGGCUGAAAUUUUUCGUCUUAAAGGUGAUUUUCUGCUGAAGCUUAGCGAUUGUGAAGGCGCUAAUGUUGCAUAUUCACAUGCCAUCACCCUGUUCAAGAACUUGCCUAAAGGAUGGAUUAGUUGGGGAAACUAUUGUGACAUGGCCUACCGGGAAACCCAUGAAGAGAUCUGGUUAGAGUAUGCAGUGAGCUGUUUCCUACAGGGGGUCAAAUUUGGAAUUCCAAAUGCGAGAAGUCACCUAGCACGUGUUUUGUAUCUUCUCAGCUUUGAUACACCCAAUGAACCUGUUGGUCGGGCAUUUGAUAAAUAUCUGGAGCAAAUACCUCACUGGGUAUGGCUUUCUUGGAUUCCCCAGCUACUGCUAUCCCUUCAAAGGAAUGAAGCUCCUCAUUGCAAACUUGUAUUACUUAAAAUUGCAGCUGUAUAUCCUCAGGCAUUAUAUUACUGGCUACGCACGUAUCUGCUCGAACGCCGUGAUGUUGCCAAUAAAUCUGAAUAUGGUAGAAUGGCGAUGGCUCAACAAAGAAUGCAGCAAAACAUUGGUGGUGUUAGCGCAGCUGGGCCCAUGGGCUUGCCUGAAGGAAAUGCCAGAGCAGCUGUUCAAGGAGGGGGCACAGUGGUCUCAGAGAAUCAACUUCACCAAGGGGCUCAAUCUGCUGGUGGUCUCGGGUCACAUGAGGGAAGUGUCUCGCAGGUGCAAGAAACUGAAAGGCAAGGUGGUGCUGAAAGUAGCAUGCAAUCUGGGAAUGACCAGUCAAUGCAUCAAAGUUCAUCUAACAAUGAAGUAGGGCAAAAUACAUUGAGGCGAAAUGCUGCCAUGGGGUUGGUGGCUUCUGCUGCCAGUGCUUUUGAAGCAGCAAAAGACAUAAUGGAAGCUCUUAGGAGCAAGCACACCAACCUGGCUAGUGAGCUUGAGAUUCUACUCACAGAAAUCGGCUCUAGAUUUGUUACAUUGCCGGAGGAGAGGCUUCUGGCUGUAGUUAAUGCCCUUCUUCAUCGUUGUUACAAGUACCCAACUGCAACUACAGCAGAAGUUCCCCAGUCCCUUAAGAAAGAGCUCUCUGGUGUUUGCAGAGCUUGCUUUUCUGCUGAUGCUGUGAAUAAGCAUGUUGACUUCGUGAGAGAAUACAAGCAGGAUUUUGAGCGUGACCUUGAUCCAGAGAGUACUCAAACAUUUCCAGCUACUCUUGCAGAUCUCACUGAACGAUUGAAGCACUGGAAGAAUAUUCUUCAGAGCAAUGUUGAAGAUCGGUUUCCUGCUGUGCUGAAAUUGGAGGAUGAAAGCAGGGUUUUACGAGACUUCCAUGUUGUUGAUGUGGAGGUUCCAGGACAGUAUUUCUCUGAUCAGGAAGUUGCACCUGAUCAUACAGUCAAGUUAGACAGAGUGGCAGCUGACAUUCCUAUUGUUAGGAGACAUGGUAGCAGUUUUCGGCGUUUGACUCUGAUUGGUUCUGAUGGCUCUCAACGCCAUUUUAUUGUUCAGACAUCUUUGACCCCAAAUGCUAGAAGUGAUGAGAGGAUCUUGCAGCUUUUCCGCGUAAUGAAUCGGAUGUUUGAUAAACAUAAGGAAUCCAGGCGGCGCCACAUUUGCAUUCACACCCCAAUUAUCAUUCCUGUGUGGUCACAGGUCCGUAUGGUGGAAGAUGAUCUGAUGUAUAGCACUUUCCUUGAGGUAUACGAGAACCAUUGUGCCAGGAAUGACCGGGAGGCAGACUUACCGAUUACUUAUUUCAAAGAACAACUGAACCAAGCGAUAUGCGGUCAGGUGUCACCAGAAGCUGUGGUGGACCUCCGCCUCCAAGCCUACAAUGACAUCAUUUCCAAAAAUAUCGUGACAGAGAGCAUUUUCUCCCAAUACAUGUACAAGACACUGCUGAAUGGGAACCAUACAUGGGCAUUCAAGAAACAAUUUGCAAUCCAAUUAGCCCUCUCGAACUUCAUGUCCUACAUGCUACAAAUUGGAGGAAGGUCGCCGAAUAAGAUUCUGUUUGCCAAGAAUACAGGAAAGAUCUUUCAGACUGAUUUUCAUCCAGCCUACGACCCCAAUGGAAUGAUUGAGUUCAACGAGCCAGUGCCUUUCCGGCUAACAAGGAACCUGCAAUCAUUCUUCUCUCAUUUCGGCGUGGAAGGCCUCAUCGUCUCUGCAAUGUGUGCAGCUGCACAGGCUGUGAUUUCUCCAAAGCAAAAUCAGCAUUUGUGGCACCAUUUGGCUAUGUUCUUCCGUGAUGAGCUCAUAUCAUGGUCUUGGAGAAGACCUCUUGGGAUGCCGAUUGCACCUGUUGGAGGCGGCGCCCUCAACAGCGCAGACCUCAAACAGAAGGUGACUACCAACGUCGACCAUGUCAUAGGCCGCAUCAAUAGCAUUGCUCCACAGUGCAUCUCCGAAGAGGAGGAGAAUGGUGUGGAUCCACCACAGUCAGUGCAGAGAGGUUUUGCUGAAUUGGUGGAGGCUGCUCUAACUCCAAGAAAAUUGUGCAUGAUGGAUCCUACGUGGCACCCGUGGUUCUAAUUGGUUGUAAGAAAUAACCAGUAUUCUCUCUCUAUCUCCUCUCUCUCUCUGUGGCCUUUGCAUUGAUGCGUGUAGAUAAAAACAAAAUUCUAUAUAAUGUUUAUUAGUACUAAGUAAUCAGUCUACAGGGCAUUUUUGCUUCCUGCUUUCAUUUUUGUUAAUGCAUUUUUUUACCUUUACUUUCGUUCGAUCUUGUUUAGUGAUGCCUGA